CGUCAAUCAUUGCUGACAUCGUCGUUUUGUCGGUCGGCCGGAUUAUCGAGCGAUUUCAAAGUGAAUAUUAAAUAUUGAUAUAAUUUAUCAGUGUGUAUCAGUGCCGCCUGUAAGCCCCAUCGCAGUAGCCGGCAGAUAUCUAUACAAUCAAGUUCAUAUGACGCGAGGUCACAACAACUAAACACAAGAUGUCGUCCAAAGCCAUAUACGAGGGUACCGGCAAAGAACUCAUUAACAGACACAUAGCAUCGGGCACGGCGCUGGUACCGUGCCGGUUCGCGACAUUCGAACAGAACACCGUCUGGGAAGAUGAGCUGGGCAAGAACCCGUGGCUCUCCAAAGAGCAACUAGUAGUAAAGCCGGACCAGCUCAUAAAGCGUCGCGGCAAGCUCGGUCUGGUCGGCGUGAAUAAGACAGCGUCUGAAGUCAGACGAUGGCUGGGCGAGCACAUGAACAAGUCACAGCAAGUCGGCGCGGCCACGGGCAAGCUGCGGCAUUUCAUAGUGGAGCCGUUCGUGCGGCACGAGCCGAACGAAGAGAUGUACCUCUGCAUCCAGUCGGGAAGGCGCUCCGAUACCAUCCUGUUCCACCACCAGGGCGGAGUCGACGUUGGUGACGUAGACGCCCUGGCUAUCAGGCUUGAGAUCCCCGUUGACACUUUUCCAUCUGGAGAGGACAUCGAACGCACUCUGCUGAAGAACGUCAAAGCCGCCAACAUCAAGAGGAUAUUAACAACUUUCAUCGUGUCCCUCUACCGUGUGUACGUAGACCUACACUUCACUUACAUGGAAAUCAACCCCAUCGUGGUCACCAACGAACGUAUCUAUUUGUUGGACUUGGCCGCCAAGCUGGACCAGACGGCGGACUUCAUCUGCGCCAAGAGCUGGGGCGAAGUGGUGUUCCCGCCGCCCUUCGGCCGCGACGCCUACCCAGAGGAGGCGCACAUCGCCGACUUGGAUGCUAAAAGCGGUGCCAGCUUGAAGUUAACCAUCCUAAACAAGUCCGGCCGUAUCUGGACGAUGGUAGCCGGGGGCGGAGCCUCUGUAGUCUACACCGAUACCAUCUGCGAGCUCGGAGGCGCGGCUGAACUGGCCAACUAUGGAGAAUACUCCGGAGCACCUACUGAAGGCCAGACAGCUGACUACGCCAAGACCAUCUUCAGUCUGAUGUGCAGGGAGAAACACCCUAACGGCAAGGUCCUGAUCAUCGGAGGAGGCAUCGCCAACUUUACAAACGUGGCCGACACUUUCCGUGGCAUCAUUACCGCCAUCGAGACCUACAAGGACGCGUUGGUGCAGUACAACGUCACCAUCUUUGUGAGGAGGGGCGGGCCCAACUACCAGGAGGGACUGAGACAAAUGCGUGAAGUAGGCCACCGCCUGCGCAUCCCUCUAUACGUGUUCGGACCAGAAGCCAACAUGACCGCCAUCGUAGGCUUGGCGCUUGGCCACACCCCCAUUCCUAAGGAGCACCAGCUGGACUACGCCCCUAAACAGCUGCCCAAGCCGCAAACACCCCCAAAACCCAAGAUUGACAUCCCGGAACUAACUCCUUGUGAUCUCGACCUGGUGUGUUCGACCGCCCCCACCAGAACCGACCUUGGGGUCGGAAUCCCCACCGCCAAACCACUGUUCAGCGACCGGACCAAAGCCAUCAUCUGGGGCAUGCAGAACCGCGCGAUACAGGGCAUGCUGGACUUCGACUACAUAUGCCGUCGCGCGGAGCCGUCCGUGGUGGCCAUAGUCUACCCGUUCACAGCUGACCACAAACAAAAAUACUACUUUGGGAACAAGGAGGUGUUUAUACCGGUAUUCUCUGACAUGGACGUGGCGAUGAGGAAGCAUCAAGAAGCAUCAGUACUGGUCAACUUCGCUUCGCUUCGGUCUGCCUACGACAGCACUAUGCAGGCCAUGCAACACCCACAAAUCAACACGGUGGUGAUCAUCGCAGAAGGCAUCCCUGAGAACAUGACCAGAAAGAUCAUCAAGGUCGCCGACGCGAGAGGGGUAAACAUCAUAGGCCCCGCCACAGUAGGUGGUAUCAAACCUGGCUGCUUCAAGAUCGGAAACACCGCAGGAAUGAUUGAUAACAUUGUUGACAGCAAGCUGUAUCGGGCUGGCAGCGUGGCCUACGUGUCCCGUUCAGGAGGCAUGAGUAACGAACUCAACAACAUCCUGUCCAAACACGCCGACGGUGUGUGUGAGGGCGUGGCCAUCGGCGGAGACAGAUACCCGGGCUCCACGUUCAUUGAUCAUUUGCUCAGAUUCGAAGCGGACCCGAACGUAAAAAUGCUGGUUCUCUUGGGCGAAGUGGGAGGAGUCGAGGAAUACCACGUGUGCAAGGCCAUCCGCGACGGACUCAUCAAGAAGCCCAUGGUCGCCUGGUGCAUCGGAACCUGCUCAGACAUGUUCACAUCGGAGGUCCAGUUCGGACACGCGGGUUCGAUCGCGGGCUCGGCCCUGGAGAAGGCAGUUGCCAAGAACGCCGGGUUCAAAGCCUACGGGGUCACCGUGCCUGAUUCCUUUGACAGCCUGGGAGACGCUGUCCACAAGGUGUACCAAAAACUGGUGGAUGCGGGCAAGAUCAUCGUGAAAGAGGAGGUGGAACCACCUAAGGUGCCAAUGGACUACGACUGGGCGAGGAAACUCGGCCUCAUCCGCAAGCCAGCGGCGUUCAUAAGCACCAUCUGCGACGAGCGCGGCCAGGAGCUAAGCUACUGCGGCGUGCCCAUCACGCAAGUGCUGGAAAGACAACUUGGUGUUGGAGGCACCAUCAGUCUUCUCUGGUUCCAACGCGAGCUCCCAGAAUGGGCUUGCAAGUUCUUUGAGCUGGUGCUCAUCGUGACCGCGGACCACGGGCCGGCCGUGUCCGGCGCACACAACACCAUGGUCACCGCGCGCGCUGGGAAGGACCUGAUAUCGUCCGUCGUGUCCGGUCUACUGACCAUUGGCGACCGUUUCGGAGGCGCUUUAGACCGGGCGGCGCUAGACUUCUGUGCGGCUUACGAUCGAGGCAUCCACCCGCAGGAAUUCGUCAACGAGAAACGCGCUAAAGGAGAGCUCAUUAUGGGCAUUGGACAUAGAGUGAAAUCAAUAAACAACCCAGACUCUCGUGUGCGCGAGCUCAAAGCGUAUGUCACAUCCCGCUGGCCGUCAUGGCCUGUCACCCGCUAUGCGUUGGAUGUGGAAGCGAUCACCACUCGCAAGAAGCCGAAUCUUAUCCUGAACGUGGACGGAAUAGUCGCCGCUGCCAUGGUCGAUCUGCUACGUCACGCACAGCUGUUUACACAGGAGGAAGGCAACAACUACAUCCAAAUGGGCUCGAUCAACGCAUUAUUCGUGCUGGGCCGUACCAUUGGCCUGGUGGGUCACUACCUCGACCAGAAGAGGAUGAAACAGCCACUCUACCGCCACCCGUGGGACGAUAUCACCUACAUGUCCCCCCUGCAUUAGGUAACUAAGAAAAAAGGUACCCACAUGAAUGAAUACGCAAGUGUGGGUAUACCUUGGUUCCUGCACGCUGUUCAAGUCUUUUUCAAAUCAUUCAGUUCUUAGGCUCCUUCCAGGGCGUUUAUACACGUCCUGAAUAUAGCUUGAGCCUUUUUAAAAUCUAAUCAAAUAAUUUAUUCAGUAAUGUCACUGUCACUAAUGUCACUGUCAAUAUAGCUUGAGCCUUUUUCAAAUCAAAUCAAAUAAAAAUUACACAGUACUUAGCCCUACCAAGGUGCUGUCCCAAAUAUAGCUUGUCUUACCACCACUUCGGGACAACAUAAUAUGGGCUGGUGCUUAGAAGAAGUGGCGGAAGAAACUCGGGCGCCUUUAAAACCAUGUUUAUUACUUAGCUACUUUAAUAGUGGACACCGUAGUCAAUUGACAUAC